GUUGUGAGCAGUGAGUGUUAUUGAGGGACGGAGGCGGAGGAGACGCGAGGGAACUAGUUCACCUCUCACCGUGUUUAUUAAACACUCUGACUCUCUACGGCACUGUUUAAAGAUCUCCCGCUUCAUUCCUCACCACUUCUUCAGUUCUGUGGAUUUAUAUCGGUUAUGUCGGAGUUAUGGGAUGCUGCGCGUUGCAAGAAAGACAGCAGGCUUUAAAUCUGACCCUCCGCUGUUUUUCUCUUUUCGCUCGGUAACUCGGUACUCCGAUUCUCAUCGCCGCAUACCGAUACCGAUCUGUUUGGCUGGAUCUUUCCGUACCGACUCGGAACUUCGGCUACAUUUUGAGGGGUGUUUUAGGAGGAAAUGGAGGCUGUUAUGGAGAAAGAGUGCAGUGCUCUGGGAGGGCUUUUUCAGGCCAUCAUUAAUGACAUGAAGAGCAGUUAUCCCGUCUGGGAAGACUUCAUCAGCAAAGCGGGAAAACUGCAGUCUCAACUGAGGACGACGGUGAUGGCCGUGGCCGCUUUCCUGGACGCCUUUCAGAAAGUAGCUGACUUGGCCACCGGGACACGAGGAGGCACCAGAGACAUCGGCUCGGCUCUGACCAGGAUGUGUAUGAGGCACAGGAGCAUCGAGGCCAAGCUGAAGCAGUUCUCCACGACGUUUAUCGACUGCCUCAUUAACCCUCUUCAGGAGCAGCUGGAGGAGUGGAAGAGAGGCGCUAACAUGCUAGAUAAGGACCAUGCCAAAGAGUAUAAAAAAGCUCGGCAGGAGAUUAAGAAGAAAUCCUCGGACACUCUGAAACUGCAGAAGAAGGCUAAGAAAGGGAGAGGGGACAUCCAGCCUCAGUUGGACAGCGCCGUCCAGGAUGUGACGGAUAAAUACCUGCUGCUAGAGGAGACAGAGAAGCAGGCAGUGAGGAAGGCGCUGAUCGAGGAGAGAGCUCGCUUCUGCAUCUUCGCCUCCAUGCUGCGGCCCGUUGUGGAUGAGGAGAUGGCCAUGCUGGGUGAGAUCGUCCAUCUUCAAACCAUCGCUGAGGACCUCAAAGCUUUGACUAUGGACCCCCACAAACUGCCUCCUGCCAGUGAACAGAUCAUCCAUGACCUGAAGGGUUCGGAUUACAGCUGGUCCUACCAAACACCUCCUUCAUCUCCAAGCACCACCAUGUCCAGAAAGUCCAGCAUGUGCAGCAGUCUGAACAGUGUGAACAGCAGCGACUCGCGCUCCAGCGGCUCACUGUCUCAUUCGUCCUCCCCGCUCUAUCGCUACCGCAGCAUCGCCGUGCCGCAGCAGGUCCCCGCCCGGCUCGCCAGCGUCUCCUCACACGACUCUGGUUUCGCCUCGCACGAUGCUUUCCAGUCCAAGUCGCCUUCACCCAUGCCCUCUGACCCCACCUCUCAGCUUCCUUCCAGCUCUGCUUCGUUGGAUUCUUCUGAAUUGGCUCAGUCGGUCAGCGAGUGCAGCUCUCCCACUGAAAAGCUGUCAAACGGCUAUGACCACUACGGCCCUGCAGAGGCCUCGUACCCAUCCGGAGUGGCCUUUCCCUUCCCUCCAAAUCCCUCCUCCUCCUCCUCUUCCUCCACCCCCUACUCUUCCUCCACUCUGAGGUCGUGGUCGAGGCCGUGCUCAGCGCUGAUGCCCGAUUUCCCCCAUUACUCCACGCUGAACCCCGGCAUGCUCCCCCCAUCCUCCAAGAUUCCCAGCUGGAAGGACUGGGCUAAACCGGGUCCAUACGAUCAGCCCAUGGUGAACACGCUGAGAAAGAAGAAGGAGCCAAAGGAGGCGCUGGAUUUGAACGGCUCGUACCAACCGGCACUGAACUCCACACAGCCUGAGGACAAUCAGAAACCCAGGAGCAUCGCUAAUACACCAAAUGAGGUGGAGGUUCAGCAGGAUUUGGCUCUGGCUCUCUCUUGUGGUCUGCAGUUAGACGCUCAGUGCUCCAGCAGAGACUCACUCCAGUGUUCCAGUGGAUACAGCACUCAGAGUACCACACCCUGCUGCUCCGAGGACACCAUCCCCUCUCAGGUGUCCGAUUAUGAUUAUUUCUCGGAGCAGCAGGACUUUGAUAAAUCUUCCACCGUCCCGCGGAACAGCGACCUCGGCCAGAGUUACCGUAAACUGUUCCAGACCAAACGUCCCGCCUCCACUGCCGGCAUCCCCUCCGUGCCCGCCGUCCCGGGCGUGGCCACCAUUCGCCGCACCCCUUCCACCAAGCCCUCUGUGCGCAGGGGCACCGGCCCCGUCCCCAUCCAAACCCCUGUCAUCCCCAUCAUGACCCCGGUGCCGGAUUUCAGGGAGGUGGCGCCCAAUGAGGAGGCGGAGCCGAGUGACCUGGAUGCAGAGCCUGAAUCCGUCCUUCCGGUGGAGUCGUGGAGCGGUCAGGCGUCCACUAACCCACCCCUGUCUGCCCCUUGCGAAGGGCAGGAGGGUGUGGUGGAGGAGGGAGACACAAUGCUGCAGUCCAUCCGGAGGGGAGUGCGAUUGAAGAAGACCACCACCAACGAUCGCUCUGCUCCUCGCAUCCCAUAAUACUCCAGCAUUCACAUCUAGCACAGACAUUCACCAUGGUAACAGAGGAGAGAUUCACACCAUCUCUCCUGUCCUUAAUUUAUUUUACUCUCAGAACAUUCUUUUCUGGACUAUAAGCCAAAUAUUCACGACUCUUCAGUGUAAAAGUCAUGUUUGGCUUUAGCGCCACCUACAGGUGCAGCACUGUGUACUGUUUGUCCUGUUAGUGUUGCCGUAGUUACCGCCCGUCCUGACGAUAUCUAAAUCAUAGAGUCAGCGCUAUCGCUAAACUGGUGUCAUUCACUGUGACUCUGUUACACAGAAAUGCUAAUUGUGUAAAUGUAAAGAAAAACACAAACAGUUCAAACUCACGAAUAAAGACGUUUCAUCUGAACGCAGUAACGAAGCUGUGAUGACUGAUGUCACCGUUUCUGCUCCUUGUACAUAAUCACUAAUUAAAGAUUUGUUAGCAUUUAGAUUCCUGCAGGUGUCAUUGGUCUUGUUUUCCAUCCAACAAACCUGCAGCUACACAGCAGAGCUGAUGUGUAGAGAGCGUGUCUAAAAUCUAGAAAUAUACACAAUGUGAUGCAUCGUAAAGUUUAGCUAGCUAGCUGGCUACCGCUGAGCUGUGAAGUUGCGCUACAUUACAGAGAGUUCAGUUUAAACCAAACAAACAAUUUGAACCUGUGACCAGGCUGCAGAUCAGAACACGGCGACUGUGUAGGUGAAAAAUACGACGUUUUCUUACUCAGGAAAUCACAGGCUAGUUGAUUGAAAAGCUAAAAUAGACGCUAGAGACGCUAACGUGCAUGAGUGCAGUCUCAGCUCUAUAGUGAAGGCGCUAACGGUCAUGACUUCAGCUUUAAAAGCAGAAAUAUAAAUCUGACCAGUGAAACCUGUCUUAUAGUCCAGAAAAUUCCUUUAUUCCUUUUUUUUCUGCGCAUGGCUUAAUAGAACGUGACCUGAAGUCUCUAGAACACUGCUCUGUCCAUGCAGUGAGUAUUAUUAUUAUUAUUAUUAUUAUUAUUAUUAACCAUGAAACAGAGGUCUAGUGAAGUGUUAUAUUAUAAAAGCUCUUUUAUUUUUACGCCAUUUUUUAAAAUAUUCUACAUAAAAUACUAAUUUUGAACAUUUUGUCAUUAACCCAAUCUAAUAAUAAUCUACAAUAUUAACAGUACAUGUGUUUAUUUUUUCAUUAUUAUUAUUAUUAUUGUGACGCUAGAGAUAAGUGCUAACGUUAGCAAAAAAACAACAUUCUGUUUGUAUAAAAAGUGCGGUGUAAAUAACGACGGGCCAGAGAGCGACUUUUAAUUUAUUCAUCCGCUCGGUAAAGUAGAUCCCGUCCUUUCCCUGUGAAAUAUUGUAUAUUCUGUUAAUACACUACGAGGUAAUUCAUGUAGAAAAGCACACUACACACACACACACACACACACACACUUUCUUGUCCAGGUUCAUUUCAUAUGUUUUAUUUUUUAAUAAUUAUUGUUUUUGUGUAAAAAUGGAAACCCAGUGUCUCUAAACUGAUUAAAGUGGUGUGAGAAGUGAAGAUCUGCCUUUAAUUUCCACACUUCAUCAUCUUCUGUUCUCUUAUUUAAACUCUUUUGUUGUUUUUUUCUGGAUUCAAUAAAACUUCUUUUCGGUUUAAAUUGUAAACACACUCAUGUCCACUUGCUAACAGUUAGCGUGCUCUGCUAGCCGUGUUUGCUAACUAGCUAGCAGGAUAUAAAGUAGCGAUGUUUUUUCUCAGUUUGUGACAGAAAGGCUCGUGUGAACAGGGAAAUGAAAGUGGUGUUCUAUUUUUUUGACAUAUUAAAUAUUUUAUUCCUCCA